AUGAAUCAAUUCUCUAAUUACUUAUUUCAAUACUAAACAAAAAAAGUGUUUUCAAUCUACUAACAUUAAUGCAACAGUAAAUCACCAUAGAUAAGAAGAUAAUUAGAUUCAAAUCCUAAUUGCAAUCAAAAUGACUAAAAGUACAUGAGAUAAUUCAAAUGCCAAGAUUAAAUAAAACAUCAGCCUCAGACACAGACUAUCAUAAACUCUCCAACAAAUAAGUAAACUUAUAUUGCAAGUAAAGUGAAAGGAAAGGGAAAAGAAAAUAAUAAUUAAUAAAAUGCAAACAUAAUUCAUUAUCCUUACAAGAAUCCUGUAGAAGUUAAAAGCCCUUAAAGUUACAAACAAAAUCCGUAUCAUGCUAAAUAACCUACACCUGAAUUUGAAAAUAGAUAUGAAAAUGAUGAAAGAGCAUAAGUAUUGCGAUUAUCAAAUUCUGGAUUAAAUUUCCGUUUUGUACUUUCACAAUAAGAAUCAGAAUAAAAUUCAGAAUAACAACCCAAUCAGGUCUAAAAUGAGUCUUCAUAACAAUCGCCAACUAAUCUAACAAAAUCAGAUGAACUCUUAGUUGAAUUAGAUUCAGUCAGAAAGUCAAAAUGUUCCAAUUUAACUAAAACAAAAACUAUAGCAAUCCAGGCAUUUGAGAGUACAGAAUUUGACAAGACUGAGGAUCAAUUAAAUAAAAUUUUCGGAUCUUUGAAGAAAGUUAAGAUCAUAAAAAAGAAGUUCUCUCAACCAACUAUCCAAACUUAAGGUACUCAAAGGACAAUGGAAGAUGAUAGUAUGAUCAAAGCAGAACCAAACAAACAAGUAAAAACUAUUGGUGGUUUAUCGAAUAUUGACAUUUAAAGCAUGCAAUUAAGAACAGAAUUAACAGACUUGGAUUCAUAAAGAAGUAAGAGUACCUAUUAGGAUGAAAGUGAAAGAAAUUUUAGUAGUUUUAGACAUAAUGUUGUAACUCCUAGAAAAAUGCAAUAAAAUAAAAUAAGUUUCUUAAUGUACAAGAAGAAAUUGGAAAGAAAAUCAUGA